AAUGUCAUUUUAAUAUUUUCCAUUUUCGACUUUCAUGUCGAUCACAAAAAAAUGUAUUUAUUGCUUAAAAACAUAAAAAAAUACUUUAGCAAUAUAAUUCAAUAUUGGAUUUAUCUUUAGAAAGUAUAAUUUUUCAAUUAUUUAAUAAAUUUUGAAUCCUAUCAGAUUGAUAUAGAGAAAGCGUACCAAACGCAUACAAGACAAAACAAUAACCUUUGGAUAUCCCCCACAACCAAAUUAAUAAUAUCCAAUCCACCAUGAAACCUUCAUCAAAAAGAGGAUCUCGAUUAUCUAGUCUUGCUGAAGACCUAAGUAUUCCAGAUGAUGCACCUUUCCGCGGUCGACUUCAUAUGCUUUUCUCUCAAAUCGAAAAAGAAUUCGAGUUGCUUUAUAUGGAAAACCUCACUCUACAAGAAAAACUCGAAUCACUUGGUGCUAAAGAAAAUAUGGGUUGUGAUCGGUCUGCCGGACACGAUGACCCUGACACAACUGGAAUCCCAAUCAAAAGUUUCAAAUCAAAGAUAGCUUCGGGUAGUAAAGUUAAAGCAAGUCAUAAAAUACGAGCACAAACAUCUCGCAUUGUGUCCAGUUUCAAGGCGCAAUCGGUUGUCAGUUCGUUGGUGCGUGACUUUUGCGGUCAUAAAGACGGAGUUUGGCAAAUUGCAGCCAAGUCUGGACAACCAAUAAUUGGUACAGCAUCAGCUGACCAUACAGCAUGCAUUUGGGGAAUUGAAAGUGGUCGUUGUUUAUUGCAAUAUCAGGGACAUGCUGGUUCGGUGAAUUCAAUAAAAUUCCACCAAAACCGAGAUUUGGUGUUGACAGGCAGUGGUGAUGGUACAGCUCAUAUCUGGCAAGCUGCUGUAAACUGGGAAGUAUCCAAAAAAGGCCAUUCAUCUGAAGAGGAACUCGAUGAUAGUGAUGAACAAGUCGAGGAUCGUGAUAGAGUUGAUACAUUACGAACUCCGUUGUGUGAAUUCUCCGGACCAGGAGGUCACACUUCGGUAGUUGUUGCAGCUGAUUGGCUGCCAAAUAUGGACCAAAUAAUUACAGGAAGCUGGGACAGAACUGCUAUGUUGUGGGAUGUUGAAACUAAAGAACCCAUUCAACCAUUGACGGGACACGAUCACGAGUUGACACAUGUUUCGGCACAUUCCAGUCAGCGUUUAGUAAUAACAGCAUCAAGAGAUUCGACAUUUCGUUUGUGGGAUUUUAGAGAUGCCAUACCAGCUGUAUCAGUUUUUCAAGGCCAUACAGAGAGUGUUACUUCAACAGUUUUUACUAAAGACGACAAAGUUGUGUCCGGUUCGGAUGACCGUACUGUCAAGGUAUGGGAGCUACGCAAUAUGAGAUCAGCAUUGGCAACAAUUCGUACCGAUUCAGCUGUCAACAGAUUAGCUGUCUCAUCAACGGGAGUAAUUGCAAUUCCACACGAUAAUAGACAAAUUCGUUUGUUUGAUUUGAAUGGUCAACGAGUAGCUCGUUUACCUCGAACAAGUCGACAAGGCCAUCGACGUAUGGUAUCAUCAGUUGCUUGGGCUGAGGAGCCUGUUUUCAACUGUAAUUUAUUCUCAUGUGGAUUCGAUAGAAGAGUACUCGGAUGGUCGAUCUCAUUACCAAAGGAUAAUUAAUUUAAUAUAAAAAAUAAUUGUGUUUUUAAUGUCAUUUCAUGUACUCAUUAUAAAAAAAAAGGAAAUAUUAUUGAUCUAGGAAUCAUAAUAUUCAUAAUUAUUAUUGAAUAAUUGAAUAAUUUAUUUAACUGUUUAAUUUUUAAAAGAGAAUUAUUCAUCAUAUUGUUAUUGAUGUUCCUCAUCGUUUAUAAAUGUUAUAAUUAUGCAUCACUUAUUCGUUUACAAAAAAAGUUAUUAAAUAAUAUUGUCAUCAUUUUAAAAUCAUAGUGAACAUAAAAUAAGAAUAUAAAUAUAUAUGUUUUAUGUUAUUAUAGAAAGUAAUAUAUAUAUAUUGUGUUUUCAAAACGUGCGAUUUAAACUGUGCAUAUCUAGAUAUAAUGAAUAAAAAUCUAUAAUUUUCUCAGUAGAUAGUAGUACCUAGUAGUAAAAAUGUUAGUCU